AUGGGUUCUCUACUCCAAGAAUUUGAUAUGGAAAUAAUCGAUCGAAAGGGAACAGAGAACAAGGUCACUGACCAUUUAUCGCGAUUAGAAAAUCCAGAAGUGGAUCGCAUCCAAUUAGUGGUGAACGCCUCAUUUCCUAAUGAGCAGUUGCUUAAGAUUGAAGAACUACCCUGGAUUGCUUAUAAGACACCCAUAGGCAUUUCACCUUAUGCGUUGGUGUUUGGAAAGGCUUGUCAUCUACCAUUGGAACUGAAAUAUAAGGCGAUGUGGGCAGUUCAGAAACUUAACUUUGAUCUUAAGGCUGCAGGAGAAGAGAUAAAACUUCAACUACUAGAGCUGGACGAGUGGAGAUUACAAGCGUAUGAAAAUUUCAAAAUUUAUAAAGAAUGCACCAAGUGA